AUGAAAGUUCAGAAGACCAUUGAACUUAUCAAGCGGUCCUAUGGCCAGCCAAUAUUGUUCCAUAGGCUUCAUUGCCACUUAGCCUAUAUUCUUGGGAAGAGUAACCCACUUCAUGAGGUGCUUGACGACUGGUCUAGAAUGCUAAUCUUCAGUGCAACCCGGAACAGAGGCCAGAACCAAGGCCUUGAAGGAAAGAUUCUGUCGUUUCUGAAGGAAAUAAGGCCUCCGAUGAAUGACAAGGAGACUAGGCUGAAACUGUGGAUAGUCUUGUACUAUAUGAGGAGUAGAUCCCCUAGCCAAGCAAAUCAUCUGGUGAUUUUUGAGCUUGUCUCUAACUUUAUGGGAGACUCGGCCUUUGUGGACGGGCUGAUUCUCUCGAUACUUUGCGGAGUCAUCACCUGUAGUAAUUUUGGGCUAGAGAGAAAUAAGAAGCUGAGAAAUGAUACAAUUGUUUAUUUGCUUGAGGUAAUAAAGGGAAAGUCUCUAGAUGGACUGAACAGAGCUAUAGCUCUUCCAUGCUACAUAGAUCAUGGCAUCGAGCCUCCAAGUCUUCGGGACCUGAGUAUUGGAAAUGAUGUGCAGACCCUUAUAGUUUUGGAAAAUGUGUGUUUUUAUGCAAAGUAUAGUAAAUCCGUUGAGUUUGUGAAAAGGAUAGUUCCUGACAAGGUGUCUUUUGUUGAUUGCUUGAAGAGGUUUAUCUCCAGGUCCUUCUGUGUGGAUAAAAGAGAAGAUUCUGAGUGUACAAUUGCAGACGGUGUUAUUGAAAGCUUUUCGAUACUAGAUGACAUUAGGAAGGCAUAUAAAGAGGCCCGGGAUAAGAAAAAGUUUGUAUCAAAGAUAAUAGAAUUUACGAUGGAGUUAGAUAAAUAG